UAAGUGAGGAACAAGUUGAAAAAUUCAGUAAAACUAUUGAAAGACUUGAAAAAAGAUUGGAAGAACGUGAAGCUGCAUACAUGGAAUUAGAAGAGAAAACGAAAAUUUCUCUAGAAGAAAAUCACAAAUUAUUGGCCUAUGAAAUUCAAGAUAGAGAUCGAAGAAUUAUGAAACUUGAGAAGAAAGCUGAUGACUUAGUACGCGAGUUAGAACUAUUAAGAAGGCUUAGAUCUCAUGAAAAUGAAUUUCCUGAUUGUGGUCGAUCACUUUCUCCUACUUCUUUAGAAGAUUAUAUUAAAAAACCAGAACAACUCAUUGUGGCCACAUUAGAAUCAAAAUUAUUAAAUUUACAAGAAACUCAUUCAAACACAGUUACAGAAUUUUCAGAAAUUAAAUCGAAAUAUGAGGAAUGUUUGUAUGAAAUUCAUGAACUUCAACAGCAAUUAACGGAAGCAAAACUUCGUCAAUCCGAAAUCUUUGAAUCUGAUUCUAAUAAAUCUUCCACUCCUUCAACUCCGACAUCACCUACGACACCAAUAAAAUCCCGUUUCAAUAAUUUAAAACGUAAUAAUAAUUCUGAUCGAAUGUCUUUACCACCAGUUUUAAAGUUAAACGAACCUAAUGAUAAAG